CAGCUAACCGGCAUCAUGCUUGGAGUCCUCUUUGCUGUGUUGACUCUGGCAGCUGCAGCCUUUGGCUGUGGGGUUCCUGCCUACCCACCUGCUGUGUCUAGAGUUGUUGGAGGGGAAAAUGCAAGACCUUACAGCUGGCCCUGGCAGGCCUCCCUUCAAUACAAUUCAAAAGGCAAAUGGUAUCACACCUGUGGAGGAACCCUCAUUGCAACCAACUGGGUGAUGACAGCUGCACACUGCAUCAGUCCUUCUAGGAAAUAUCGAGUAUUUCUUGGAAAAUACAACCUAGCAACUGUGGAAGAAGGAUCAAUUGCACUUCCCCCAGAAAAAAUCAUUGUCAAUGAGAACUGGGAUCCACAGAAUGUUGCAGAUGGGUAUGACAUUGCUUUGAUCAAACUCACUGAACACGUCACCUUAAGUGACCACAUUCAGCUGGCCUGCCUCCCCCCUGCACAAAGCGUCCUAUCAUCCAACACUGCCUGCUACGUGACAGGAUGGGGAAGACUGCAGA